AGUCGCAACACACGAGCCCAAAAUAACCAUACCAGCAACACAUCCGCACACUAUCUACCAUACCAAAAGUUCCCCCUUUACAGAGCCAAAGACAUGCUCAAGUUUGCCGCCGCCACCACCGCCACCGCCACCGCCACCACCGCCGUCGUCGCUCACAAUCACAUUCCUUGUGCUGUUGUUCUUCAACUCUGCAAUUCUCGGAGAACUAGUUGUUUCUUCCAGCCGUCUUCUUCUUCAUUGCAACACUCUUCGUCGACUUCGUCUUUUCGCCCUAGCUUUUCUUCAGUUAUAGCCAUGGCUGAGGCAGAUACCAUGUCAAUUCCCAAGGCCAAUUCCGAGGCCUCUGCUUCUGGCAACAAACAUGCACUUAUAUCAUUGUCAGACAAAAAGGAUCUGGCUUUCCUUGGCAAUGGACUUCAAGAGCUAGGAUACACAAUUGUUUCAACCGGAGGAACAGCAUCUGCUUUGGAAAAUACUGGGGUGUCUGUAACCAAAGUGGAGCAACUUACUUGUUUUCCGGAAAUGCUUGAUGGUCGUGUAAAAACUUUACAUCCUAACAUACAUGGUGGUAUUCUUGCUAGAAGAGACCAAAAACAUCAUAUGGAAGCUUUAGACAAGCAUGGAAUAUGUACCUUUGAUUUAGUGGUGGUAAACUUGUACCCCUUUUAUGACAAAGUUUCCUCUACUGGUGGAAUAUCAUUUGAGGAUGGAAUAGAGAACAUUGAUAUUGGUGGCCCUGCCAUGAUAAGAGCUGCUGCAAAGAAUCACAAGGAUGUCUUGGUUGUUGUUGAUUCACAAGACUAUCUUGCACUCCUAGAAUUUCUUCGAGGAGACAAAGAUGAUCAAGGUUUCAGAAGGAAGCUUGCCUGGAAGGCUUUUCAGCAUGUUGCUUCUUAUGAUUCUGCAGUUUCAGAAUGGUUGUGGAAACAGACUGGGGGAGACAAGUUUCCUCCCAGCUUGACAGUUCCUCUCGCACUCAAAAGUUCACUUCGCUAUGGUGAAAAUCCUCAUCAAAAGGCUGCAUUUUAUAUUGACAAGAGUCUCUCAGAAGUUAAUGCUGGUGGAAUUGCAACUGCUAUUCAACACCAUGGGAAGGAAAUGUCAUAUAAUAACUACUUAGAUGCUGAUGCAGCUUGGAACUGUGUGUGUGACUUUAAUAGGCCUACCUGUGUAAUUGUAAAGCAUACAAAUCCAUGUGGGGUAGCUUCACGUGAUGAUAUCAUUAACGCCUAUCGGUUAGCUGUAAAAGCUGAUCCAGUGAGUGCAUUUGGUGGUAUUGUAGCCGUCAAUAUAGAGGUUGAUGAGGCCCUUGCAAAGGACAUCCGAGAGUUCAGGAGCCCAACGGAUGGUGAAACUCGGAUGUUUUACGAGAUUGUGGUUGCACCCAAGUAUUCAAAAAAGGGGCUUGAAAUCCUCCGCGGUAAAUCAAAGACUUUGAGAAUUCUUGAGGCGAGCAAGAAUGAGAAAGGAAAGCUCUCACUCAGACAAGUUGGUGGGGGUUGGUUAGCUCAGGAUUCAGAUGAUUUAACCCCAAAAGACAUCCAAUUUAAUGUUGUUUCUGAGAAGGCUCCACAAGAAAGUGAGCUUCGUGAUGCAGAGUUCGCAUGGCUAUGUGUGAAGCAUGUCAAGAGCAAUGCCAUUGUAAUUGCAAAGAAUAAUUGUAUGCUAGGUAUGGGGAGUGGGCAGCCAAACCGUUUGGAGAGUUUGAGGAUAGCUUUAAGGAAAGCGGGAGAUGAGGUCAAAGGAGCAGCUUUGGCCAGUGACGCCUUCUUUCCAUUUGCAUGGAAAGAUGCGGUCGAAGAAGCAUGUGAAAGCGGGGUUGGUGUUAUUGCAGAACCGGGGGGUAGCAUCAGAGAUAAGGAUGCCAUAGAUUGUUGCAACAAGUAUGGGGUUUCACUGCUGUUCACCAACGUGAGGCACUUUAGGCAUUAAAAAAGUUACAAUUUCAUAAAAAUUGCUCGCUGCCCUUCUCGAUAUGCUUUGUGUUUCCACACGAGCAUCAUGCUUCCAAGUUUUGGUAGUUAAUGGAAUAGAUUUUUAGCUUUAAUUCCCUUCGAAUGAGACCCCCAAGUUACAUCAGAUGAAUGUAUGAGCUGUAACAUUCUGUAAUACUUGUUUGUGCAUUUUUUUAUUUUGGUGCCAUGGUCUUUUAAUGCAUUUGAUCAUCUCAAUUUUAUGCUCAAGAGAAACAUUCUAGUUCUUAUGUAUGGUUACU